AUGGCGAUUCUUACCGAUCAUCCAACUCAUACGGAUAUAGCCUCUCUCGCUUUCUUUGCACAUCAGUUCUCUACAGUUGAGAAACUAGACUUUGGCAGCUCCGAAGAAGGCCAGGAGGAUGAAACGACGUUUCGUUUUCCUUGCUUCAAUGCUGAAGAUUCGCAUGAUCCGACAGUGGGUCUAAUCAACGGCGAGUUAUGUAUCCCAGGGAAAAUGUUGCGUCGAGAAGUGUUUGACCCAGUGGUCGAAGAGGUUGUUCGUCUUAUAGAUUCGCAAAUUUCGCUUCUCGGACCUCCGGAAGCACUGUUUCUGGUCGGCGGCUUUGCCCAGAACCCCUACUUGUUCAAGCGCGUCGCGCAAACCUUCAAAGACCGUAUUCCCUUCAUUCAACGACCAUCCGAUGCGGACACGGCCGCGCUUCGCGGAGCUGGUGCCGGCGCCUUGCUAGGGCUAACCUUCAGACCGAAGAUUGUCGUGCCCCGCUCGUAUAUUUUAAAAGUCCGCGUUCCUGCGGAGCAGGGAGACUUUCUUCGACGCCCAGCGUAUAUUAAGCAGGAUGCUAGGGGAAUGCCGCUGUGCGAAAAACGACUUCAAUAUCUGGUGAAGAAAGGCGCGGUUGUCGAUAAAGGCGGACCGAUUCUUGCGAAAUUCUCGAAAUUGUCCAAAUCGGAACGGGAUUCCACUUUCGUCACGCGGGUCUACACCGAUACUUCGGAUAAAACCUAUCAGUAUAUCGACGAAGCCGCAUUAGAUGAGCUCUAUCGAUGGACAGUUGACCUGUCAGCCCUACCAGGUUUUCAAAGAAGCAGCCCCUACCAUGCCUUCUACACCGAAUUUGAAAUUGGUAUAGAGGUGGAGAAUCAGGAUGUGUCCGCCGUUGUUUUGUACAAUGGUGUCGAGACAGCACGGGCGUCUUUUAAUCUUUGA